AUGUUGAAUACACUGACAGCGGCACUCACCUGCUGCCUCCUCCUCACAAUACCCGCACAUACAUUCUCUCUCCCACCAAUCCUCACCAGUAACGAGGAUCAUGACCACCAGAAACCGAUCAAGCAUCCCAAGCACCACCCGCCCCUCGACAUCCCUUUCAUUGGCCUAGGCCUCUGGAACUCCAAAGGUUCAGACGCAACCCAUGCCGUCGACGCGGCGUUUGGUACAGGCUACAUCCACUUCGACUCCGCGGCCGCCUACUCGAACGAAGAGUACGUGGGCUCAGGACUCACAAAUGUAUCUAUUCCAAGAUCCAGCUAUUGGAUCACCUCCAAACUUUGGAACACCGCUCACCAACCCUCCCUAGUCGAACCCGCGCUCCGCAAAACCCUCUCGGAUCUACAAACCCCGUACCUGGACCUCUACCUGAUGCACUGGCCCGUCGCCUUCGUCCCCAACCCACCAAAGGGCCGCAACAGCAUCAUCGACCAGGACACCAGCAUCCUGAAUACCUGGCGCGCCAUGGAAAGCCUCGUGCACAAGAACCUCACGCGGUAUAUCGGGGUGAGUAACUUCAGUCCAAGACAGCUGGAUACAAUCCUCGCUGCCUGCAAGACCGAGAAGGGCGGGAUCUGUCCAUAUGCGCAUGAGUUCGAGACGCAUCCGUACUUGCAGCAGACGGAGUUUGUGGAGUGGCAUUUGAAGCAUGACAUAAAAGUUAUUGCGUACUCGCCGUUGGCGAAUUUGAAUCCGACCUACAACGGCACGCACUCGGACGUGCCGUCGAUAUUGGAGGAUCCCUUCUGGCAGGACUUAGCCGCCAAUAAAUCCAUCACGGUACCGCAGGCGGUACUGGGAUGGGGCAUCCAGAGAGGCACCGUCGUAAUUCCGAAGAGUGUGCAUGCCAAGCGUAUCAAGGAGAACUUGGGUGCUGUGGAUGUGAACUUUACUGGGUUGGAGAUGGCGAGGAUUGCAGAGGAGGAUCGGAGGGUGAGGUUCAACGAUCCGACGAAGGGUUGGGGAGUUGAGCCGCCGCUGUUUGAGGGUUUGGAUGGGGGGAGUAAUCGAUUCGUGGUAGAGCAGGAGGAGCUGUGA